AUGAUCGAGGAGAGCGGCAAGCGGGGCAAGGCUGCCGUGGAGAAGCGGCAGCUCUUCAUGGAGAUGAGAGCUCAAAACUUUGACGUGAUCAGACUGUCGACCUACAGGACGGCGUGCAAGCUGCGAUUCGUGCAAAAGCGGUGCAACCUUCACCUGGUGGAUGUAUGGAACAUGAUCGAGGCCUUCCGGGACAACGGACUGAACACGUUGGAACACCACGCCGAGAUCAACGUGUCGCGCUUGGAGACCAUCCUUUCGUCCGUCUACUACCAGCUUAACAAGCGGCUGCCCACCACGCACCAAAUCAACGUGGAGCAGUCCAUUGGCCUGCUGCUCAACUUCAUGGUGGCCACAUACGACAGUGAGAGCCACGGCAAGUUGACUGUGUUCUCCAUGAAAGCCAUGCUGGCAACCAUGUGUGGAGGAAAAAUAGUUGAUAAGCUGCGCUACAUUUUCUCCCAAAUGUCGGACUCGGGCGGCGUGAUGGUGUUUGCCAAGUUCGACCAGUUCCUGCGUGAGGUGCUCAAGCUCCCCACGGCCGUUUUUGAGGGGCCCUCAUUCGGCUACACUGAGCAUUCACUCCGGACUUGUUUCCCCCAACAGAAGAAGAUCACACUGAACACGUUUUUGGAUGUCUUGAUGGCGGACCCUCCGCCACAAUGCCUCGUGUGGCUGCCUCUCAUGCACAGACUCGCUAAUGUUGAAAAUGUCUUCCAUCCGGUGGAGUGCUCGUACUGCCGCAGCGAGAGCAUGAUGGGUUUCCGCUACCGCUGCCAGCAGUGCCACGGCUACCAGCUGUGCCAGAGCUGCUUCUGGAGGGGCCAUGCCAACGGACCUCACAGCAACCAGCACCAGAUGAAGGAGCACUCGUCCUGGAAAUCUCCCGCCAAGAAGCUGAGCCACGCCAUCAGCAAAUCACUGGGCUGCGUUCCCAUCGGCGAGCCCCCACAUCCCGUGUUCCCCGAGCAGGCCGAGAGACCCCAGGAGCCCGCUAACACAGUCAUAUUGGAGAGUCCUAGCCGGCUGGACGAGGAGCACCGCCUCAUCGCCCGCUAUGCCGCGCGCCUAGCGGCCGAAGCAGGAAACUCCACGCAACAAUGCCCUCCCUCCGACUUGACGUUUAACUUUGACGCCAACAAGCAGCAAAGGCAGCUGAUUGCAGAGCUGGAGAACAAAAACAGGGAGAUCCUGCAGGAGAUCCAGAGGCUUCGUCUGGAACACGAGCAGGCUUCGCAGCCCACGCCGGAGAAGGCCCAGCAGAACCCUACGCUCCUCACCGAACUCAGGCUGCUCAGACACAGGAAGGACGAGUUGGAGCGGCGUAUGUCGGCCUUGCAAGAGAGUCGGCGGGAGCUCAUGGUGCAGUUGGAGGGACUCAUGAGGCUUCUUAAGGACGAAGAACAGAAACAGGCAUCGGGCAGCUCCCCACACUCAUCGCCAAGCCACGGGGCGGGCUGCUCCAUGCCCAUGCCCAUUCGCUCCACAUCGGCCGGCUCCACUCCAACACACACGCCCCAAGACUGUAUGGCGGGCCUGGGGGGCGACAUGCUGGAGGCCUUCGCUCAGGGUGUACCUCGGAAUCUGCGCAAUGACCUCCUGGUGGCUGCGGACUCUAUCACCAACACCAUGUCGUCGCUGGUCAAAGAGCUCCAUUCGGUGGACGACGGGGCAGAUGAGGAGGAGACCAACAUGAGAAAUGGAGGCGAGCGAGGCACGAUGCGAGUACAGAAGCAGUGA